AUGACUGCUUCGUCCUAUUCAGCUGCUCUUAUCACACCAAAUGAUGUUCAACUGAUCUUAUGUAAUUCGUCAAACGCUACUUCCUGUAGUAUUGUACAAAUGAUUCCUUUUCCAUCUAUUCUUUUAAAUACCACUAAAAUCAACGAUGGUUUAUUUGUAGAAGAUUUAGGACUUGCUGGAUGGUUGUAUAUUGCUAGUGAUUCAGGUUUACAUGGAUUGGAUCUUUUGACACUGACAAUUCAUCCUUACCUUAAUGAAAUAAAUGUAUCUAUUUCAUCUUUAGCGUGGAGUUCACAACGACAGGCAAUAUUUGCUGGUAGUGAAACAAAACUUUGGAUUCAACAAUAUGGUGAUGGUAAUGAAGGAUGGCAUUUUGUACAUAUCAAUGCAUUUAUAGAUUCACCGAUUACUUCAUUAGUAUAUAAUGAUGUACAAGAUAAAUUAUGGAUCGGACAAGAUACAGGAAUAACUCUUCUUUCACCGGUUAUCAUGUCAAUGGGACGUCUUCAUUGGUAUUUCUCUAGAUUAGCAGGACAAGUUUCCAAUCCUGGAUCCGAUAUAGGGCACUUGCCAUUUGCAAAUAUAACUGUAUUGAGUGUCAGUCAUUCAAAAUCUUCUGAUAGACGUAUAUGGAUAGGAAGCGUUCGUGGAGUGAUGCGUUUCGAUUCAAACACGAGUGAUUUGAAUGCAUGGCGUAUAUUUAAUAGUGCUAGAUACAUGCCCAAUCGUGAAUCACAAGUCAGUGUGUCUUCAUUAGCUAUACUGAGUUAUGCCAAUGGUAUACCGAAUAACAUAGGUAGUACCGCAGUAGCAGUCACUAAUAGAGGUCUAGCUGUCCUUCGCUUUGAAAAGUGGACUUUAGCACAAAAAGCGGAACACUUUCAAAGAUUUCUCGAUCAACCAGAUAGACAUGAUAAAUACGGUCUCGUAUCUAGAUGUAAUAUGUCAUCUUGGGGCGAUAUUCGCACUUGCAUGAAAGGGCCAAGUGAUAAUGAUGGUCUUUGGGCAUCGAUGUAUUUGGCAAGUCAGGUCUUUCGCUAUGCAGUACUACGAGAUCCAACGAUCAAAAGUCAAGCAUGGAAACAUUUUGAGGCUUUAGAAUUACUUAAUCAAGUUUCAGGUAUUCUUGGUUAUCCUGGACGUUCAUUUGCAAAACGCACUGAUUUUCCCCCUAGUUCUGAUUGGUAUCCUUCUCCCGUGUAUUCAAACCUACAAUUUAAAGAUGAUACGUCAUCGGAUGAAAUUGUUGGUCACGAAUUUGUCUAUCCACUCGUACAUGAUUUAUUGGCUGAAAAUGAUAGUGAACGUCAACGAGCAUACAUACUCACUUUUAAUAUUACGAAUCAUAUUUUAACUCAUGACUGGUAUUUAAUAGAUGAAAAUCAUACACAUACAACUUGGGGUAUUUGGAAUCCAAUUCAGAUAAACAAUGAUAGCUUUUAUCAAGAAAGUCGAGGUCUCAAUAGUCUUCAAAUAUUAGCUUUUCUAUUACAAACCUAUGCUUAUAGUGGUGACGAACGUUUUCUCGAUGUGACCAUUGCUGUUUGUGAUAAUAAUUUUUCUGAUGAUGAAUUAGCAUAUUUAUCAUAUUUCGCACUAGUUCAUGCAUUUCAUACAGUUGCUUCAUCGACUAGUUUAUCUUCAACACAAAAGGAACGCGCACACAAAUUGAUUGAUCACUUAUUAGAAUACAUGAAAUUUGGAUUAGACCUAUCACAUAAGUAUAAACGAAUGGAAAAAUCACCGUUUUAUAAUUUCAUCUAUUGUUAUGUAAGUGGUCAAGUCAAUGAAACUCGAUAUCUUUUUAAAAAAUACAAUUUAUCAUCUACAAAAUCUUUUGAUUUCGAUUGUCGUUCGUUAUCCAAUGAUGGUAUAUGGUAUAUGCAACGUUGGCCACUUGAACUCAUUAAUUGGCAACAAUUUAAUAGUGAUCGGUUGGAUGUUCAAAUAAAUGUACCGGCCAACUGCAAGUCGAGACCAGUUUCCUUACAAAUGUUGCCACCUGAUGAACGAUCUUCUGAGAAAUGGAAUGGAAAUGUUUAUGCUUUAGAUGAUGGUAAUGGAUUCAGCGAAGACGAUCCAGCUGGAUUCUUAUUAAGUUAUUGGGGAAUGCGUUAUUUCAAUUUAUUAAGAUAG